AUGGGUGUAACUCAAGGAACUUGGAUAUACCUUGUGUGCCAGAACUUCCUUAUAGAGUUGUAUAAAAUGCAGUCCAAUGAUGCUGAGAGUCAUAGAAAAUACAAAUACAAGAUGAAGACCAUCAUCCUGCUAUUGUGGAGUCUGGGGGUUUGCUUGGCUCAGUCUACAUAUCCAGGUUUUUCUCCUCCGAAGGAAAAGGUUGUGUCUGGUUCAAUGGACGAACAGGGUGUCUGUCAUUGUUCUCUUGCCAUUCCAGAUUUGUUUUCUACAGAACAAACUGAGUUUCUGGAGACAUCCAACCUCAACUUGGGUCGCAGGUUUCAGGAAGAAAUUGAUAAGGAAGACAGUUCUUUAAGCCAACUAGACUUUGAGAUGUUGAAAUUGGAGAUCAGUGAGUUGGACGCCUUGGUGAAAGAACUCAAGUCUUCAUUAACUGGGUCAAAUGAGAAAGUAGAAGCCCUGUAUAUGGAGAUUCUCAACAUAUCUGCCAUGGUGAACCAACCAGAGAGACAUGACAAAAACAAUAUUAUAGAUUUCAGAAAGCAAACCGCUUCCUUGCAAAAACGUCUGGAUGAACGCAGAAAACGUCGCUCACCUUUUCAUGUGCAGUUUGGCAAUUGUGAACAUGGUGGGAUUAUGAAUAUUAGCAAACCACAAGUUGUCCAGAUCAACUGGAGGGGAACAUCCUACAUGACAGGCGGAUGGGGAAAGGACACAUUUUCGGGCUCCACGCAAGAAUUAUAUUGGGUGCUCAGUAACAAUAUUUCCAGCUACACUACGGUGCGAUUUUAUCCCACUUAUAAAGAUCUUAAGCAGUACAAAAACUAUAAGGACCAGACACUUUCUGUAACCGGUAGAGGAAACGAUUUAACUCUAUAUGACAAUUGCUUAUACUAUAACUGCUACAGCACUGAUAUUUGCAAAUUCAACUUGGACAGUAACAAAGUAGAUCAUAAGACUCUAUCUAAUGCAGCUCAUGGAUUUUCCUACUCAAAAUCACAGUACCAAGACUUAGACUUGGAGGGAGAUGAAAACAGUCUGUGGGUUCUUUAUUCAAAGCAGGAUGUACGAGGUAAUGUAGUUAUCGGAAUGCUGAAUGAAACGUCCCUUGAAUUAAUGAAAACAUGGGUCACUUCUGUAUAUAGGCCUAGCGUUACCAAUGCAUUCAUGGUAUGUGGGGUCAUGUAUGCAACAAGAAUCCUCAACACAAGAGAAGAAGAGAUCUUCUACAUGUUUGAUACCAACACGAGUGAAGGACGCUACCUGAAAAUCCCUUUUGAAAAGAUGUUGGACAAUAUUCAAAGUCUAUCCUACAACCCCAAUGACCACAAGCUCUACAUGUACAACGACGGCUUUGCAGCCAUUUACGAUGUUAACUUCAAGCCUAAAGCUUAA